AUGGAUAAAUUCACACUUUUUAGUACUGAGCAUCUUACUGAUUUUAAUAUUGAAGCUCGAGUGUAUAAGCACGAUGACAGUGGAGCCACAGUAGUAAAAAUGGUCACAUUAGACCCUAAUAUGACGUUUUCGAUUUUAUUUAAGACGCCUGCUAUUAAUGAUAAAGGGAUUACCCAUAUCAUCGAGCAUUCUGUAUUAUGUGGGAGUGAUCAUUACACGACCAAAGAGCCAUUUGCCGAUUUGCUUCGUGUGAGUUACCAGAACUUUUUGAAUGCGUUUACUAUGCCAGACUCGACGAUGUAUCCGAUCUCUUCGAUGAAUGCGGUGGACUAUCUCAAUCUAAUGAAAGUUUAUUUAGACGCAGUUUUCCUCCCAAGAGUCCGCCACGACAAGUACCCCUUCCUUCAAGAAGGAUGGCGAUGGGAACAAAAGGGGUGUCUAGAUGCCACUAGUGAAGACUCUUUCACUAGUACUUCCGAUGAUCCUCAUGACGCUGAAAGCAACUUGUGUUACCAAAAUAUGUCAAGCUCCUCGUCUCAAAAUACUUUCAGUAUUAAACCAGACUUAACCGUCAACGGCGUCGUCUUCAAUGAGAUGAAGAGUUCCGAGACCGACCCACUUUCUAUAUGUCUUCGCGCUCUCAGACGAGCGCUCUAUACUGGAACGUAUCAGUAUGAAGCAGGUGGCAUAUCUUCUGAAAUCGAGCAGCUGACAUAUAGAGAAGUACAGGACUUUUACUUCUCUCACUAUACUCCCCGUAACAGCGUGACGGUCCUCUAUUCUCCUCUUUCUUUGUUGUCCUCAGAAUUUGAAGUUUUAGACAUGUACUUCACGCAGCAGAUAAAGUCGGCUGUUAAAAGUGACUUAAAAGAAGGCGCGACGAGUGUUCUAUUAGGCGACCCUCUUGAAAGAACCACGAAGAUCGAAGUUGAGUACCCGAUCGGAGAAGAAGACGAAAUCGAGAACAACGCAAUUUUAGUGUGUGCGUGGCGGAUGGGCGUCAUCGACUAUGAAACGGCAUUUGCACUGAAUGCCGUUCAAAAAAUUUUUGAAGCAAAAGAGGGCAACGCGUUCGUCGAGAAAUUGACUGAUUUAAAAAUAGCGAAGACAAUUAGUGUCGAUUUUGACACAGAAUACAGCGACCCGACUUUUGUCGUCUUUGCAAAAAAUGCAGAUCUUAAAAAGAUUGAGGAAUUUGAAGAUCUUUUCCAGAUGGAACUUGAAAAGGUUGGGCGGGACGGGUUUGGCUUAGAGAAAGAAAUUGCUGCGAUCAAUUCAGUCGAGUUUGAGGAGAGGGAGUGCGAGGAUGAGUGGGGGACAUCAAAAGGAGUACUUUUAGCGAUGAAAAUAGGAGAAGGCUUUGCGCAUGAGAAAAGUGACUUGUUUGAAUCUUUUCGAAUCAAAAAAGUUGUUGAGAAGAUUAAAAAAAAUUCGAAGUACUUUGCAGAACUCAUUCAAAAAUUUUUUAUUAAAAAUUUGCGAAAGGUCGUCGUUUUGUGCACGCCAAGUCAAACUCUGAUGAAAAAAAUGAGCGACGAGGAGGAAAAAAGACACACAGAAAGAUCUCAAAAUUUCAAUGAGGAAUGCAUACAGAAAAUUAUGGAGGAGGAAAAGGAGCUCAAGAGACUACAAAACUUGGAAGACUCGGAGAUUCAAAAGAGUACAAUUCCGACACUGAAGAUUUCUGAUAUAGCGAAAAAAGGAGUUGAUGUUACAAUGGAGCGAUUGGAGAGUGAAAAAGUGAGAUCUGUAUAUUAUAAAGAGAAUAGUACGAAUGGAAUAGUUUACUUUACUUAUAGUUUUGAUAUAAGUAGUUUAAAACUAGACGAAAUAGUUCCCGCAACUAUACUGAGUAAGUUACUCAAAAGUUUUGACACGAAAAGUCAUAGUUUUCUUGAAUUAAAUACUUUACUAGAAAAAUACUAUGGCAAAAUUGAGUGCAAAAUUACUUCGACGUCAAACAAGCGAAUCAAUGCGGCGCACGACGAAGCUAACAAAGUGAUCCCUUACUUUGAAAUCACUGGCAAGCUGUUAUAUGAGAACUCUAAAGAGGCGCUUUUACUUCUUGGUGAGGUGUUGAGCCAAAUCAAAUUUGAUCAAAAGACAUUAGAGAAGAAGUUAAAGACUAUGCUCUCCGACGCGGAGUAUCAGAUGAAAGAGGAACCUUCAAAACUCCUCUCCGUGCGAAUUCAAUCGUAUUUAACAGGGGCGGGAUACCUUCAAGAUCUCACCGAUGGGCUCUCUGGCUAUCGCAAAGUCCAGGAAUACGCGGAACACGUCGCACAACGUGGCGACGUGUUCCUCACAGAACUUGAAAAGAUCUAUUCUUCGAUAUUCGAUACUCAAAAGUGUUCGCUGUAUUAUUCAUGCGAGAGAGAGAAGAGAGAUGAGAUGCUUUCAGUAUUCACGGACAUCGGGAAGUGUAUGAGGAUGGGUGUUAUAGAUGAAGCAAAGAGAGAGGAAGUUGGUUUGCCUUUAAAAGACGUACAAAAUCGGGAGAUUAGGGCGAUGGAUUUUUUAUCACUUUCAAACCCCCGAAACGAGGCGCUCGUUUUUCCUCUCAAAACCAAUUACGUUGGAUUUGGGUUCAAUUUUGUCGCAUUGGACUUUGCGAUGAAUUCCUCGUUUAAAGGCCUUUGCGAAAUUAUUGAAAAACUUUUUCUGUGGGACAAAGUGCGAGUUGAAGGCGGCGCGUAUGGGGCGUGGGUGACGGCACAGGCGGACGGGGUUUUUAUAUUCCAAUCGUAUAGGGACCCUCACAUCACUGAGACACUUGAAGUGUAUAAAGAGAUCCCAAAGCUUGUCGAGACGAUGCAACUGGACAAGAACACACUUGAAAAGUUCUUAAUAGGGAUUUUCGCACAAAUCGACAUGCCGAGAAGUCCUGAGGCUUUUCUUGAAUUCUGUAAGUUGUGUUUACAAGAGAACACAAGAGAGAACUACUACGAAGUGAGAGAAAAGAUGUUUGAUGUCACUCCACAGUCUAUUCUCGAGACCCUUAAAAUCAUUAAAGAAGGAAUUAAACAUGCAAAUGUGUGCGUUGUUGGGAAUAGAGAUGCAAUUGAAAAAAGAGCUUAUAUAUACAGCGAUAUUAUUGAAGUCUUUAAGAAAUAA